AUGGCACCGAUCCGAAUCCCCUCGGGCUCCUACAACGCCUCGUCCUCGGCCGGCCAGGCCGCCGCCGCGGGGGGCACCGGAGGCGCAAACUGGACCGUCAUGGUCAAGUUCAUCCUCAUCGGCGACUCGUCCGUCGGCAAGUCGUCGCUCCUCGUGCGCCUCACCGACGACCGCUUCCUCACCGACCCAGACCCCACCAUCGGCGUCGAGUUCGGCUCCCACCUCAUCCAGCUCGACAACGGCGAGACCGUCAAGGUGCAGGUGUGGGACACGGCGGGCAGCGAGAGCUUUAGAAGCAUCACGCGCUCCUACUACCGAGGCGCGGCCGGCGCCCUGCUCGUCUACGACAUCACUCAUCGGCAGUCGUUCCUCAACGCCAAGACGUGGCUCGACGACGUACGCUCCCACGCAGAGGAGCGCGUCACCAUUGUCCUCGUCGGCAACAUGUCUGACCUCGUCGAAGACGAAACACAGGAGGGUUCCGGCGGCGGUGCGACGGCCGAGGCAAUGACGCCGAGAGCGCGCACCGAGAGGCGGAGGAGCAAGGGAAAGAAACGGGAGGUGACGACGCAGGAGGCGAGAGAGUUUGCAGAGCAGGAAGGACUGCUGUUCCUCGAGACGAGCGCAAAGACGGGCCACAACGUGCAAGAGGCGUUUACGCAAGCCGCAAAGGACAUCCACGCCAAGUUUGCGUCGGCGGCGGGCGACGAGAGCACGCUGGGGCGCAACGCGCGGUCAAGAGCGAGAAACGGGCGGGCGGCGGGUACCGUGACGCUCGACGGCGACGGGUCCGGGGCAGGCGGAGGCGGUGCGGCCGGCUCGGCGGACGGUGCGGCGGGAGGGUCGCAGGGCAUCGUCGACAAGACGACGGCCUGCUGCGUCAUUUGCUGA